AUGUCGCAGCACACUCUUGCAGUCCACCUGCAGAUCCUGCUGGCCGUGGGUCGCGUGUUCUGCUACUGCCUGGUUCUGGGCUGCGUCCUUUGCUGUCGCAGGAGGAAGAGCGUCUCGUCGGAGGACAAGGAGGCCGUCUUCCUGUCCCCCCACCCUGCAGAGAGGGUGACGGUGACGUUGACUCCUUCCCCGUGCACUCAGCCGGUGAAGCAGCAGUACGAGCAGCUGGACGGAGACGUGUUGGAGUUCCCGUCGUCUAAAAGCAGCUCGUCUCCCUCGGAGGACGACCUCACCGCCCUGCCCUUUGACCCCAGCCCCACCAGAUCGGCUCACCUGUUGCCAUCGCCGACGUCUUCUUUCCCGAUGCGCCGCCUCAGCACCCCGGCGGUCCCCUGCUCACCUAGAAAUAAAUCCCCGAGUCACGGAAGAGCCUCCCUGCCUUCCUUAACCAAGCUGUGUAAGUCCCGCCGCUCCACGGGUCGGAGGAGCACGGUGAGCGGGGAGAGCUUCCUGUACGGCGAGAGCAGUCACCUGACUACACCACCCAGCCAGCAGGGGGAGCCGUAUGUCUCACAGUACGGCUCUAACUCCACCUCAAAGCCAGCUCCUCUCCUACACUUCACCCUGGUCUUCUCCUCAUCCUGCGGCACCCUCAUGGUCAACAUCCUGGGGCUCUCGGGGGUCAGUCGAAGGCGUACGGGCCUGUUUGUCCGGGCUAGCCUCCCCCCGCUGUGCCCCUCCCCUCAGCGGACAACGUCCCGGCGCCGCAGCCUCAGCCCAGAGCUCCAGACGCAGAGCCUGGUGCUGCAGGUGGGCUCUGUGGCGGAGCUGCGCACCUGCACCCUGAGGCUGGCGGUGUACAGCCGGGAGUUCUCCGGCCUGAGGGAGGCGGCGCUGGGGUUCGUGGAGCUGCCCUGUGAGGCGCUGGAGUGGGAGCCGGACACCACCUCCACCUUCAGCCGGCAACUAAACCCAACCAAAAGCAAGCUGAAGAAGAGUGUGAGCUCUCAGGAAACGCUGGGUCGCAGGAAGAGCUCGGUGUGUGUGCCGCGGGCUUUGGGCCAGCUGUUCGUCCUGCUGCAGUACCAGACUCUGGCCCAGCGCAUCAAGGUGAUGGUGAGGAAGGCCGAGAAUCUGGCCAAGCUCACACGCAUCCCAGGAGCUGCAGACCACUACGUCGUCAUCAACCUGCGUCAGGAUGGGAAAGUGAUCGGUACGAAGGAGACCAAAGGGGCGAGUGGCUCAAACCCGGUCUGGAACGCUCCCUUCCUGUUCGACCUGCCGGCUGGAGACGUCACCCAGCUGCCUCUGGUGCUCGAGUUCAUCAUCAUGCAGGGCCGUCUCUACACUAAGAGCAGUAUUCUGGGUCGGGUGUUGAUUGGCGGCGAUGCCUCGGAGGAGGGUCAGGGACACUGGAAGGAAAUGUGCAGCCGGGGGCAAAUAGAGACGGCCCGCUGGCACACCAUCCAAUCAGACGGGCUGCAAGACUGAGCCGCCGCCCGGACAGAGAAACACAGAGCGGGAAUAACGUGCAAUCUGGGAGAAAUCGUUAAAAGUAUUUCAUUUCAGCCCUUUAGAUGCUAGUGUUGUAGUCAAGACCACCUUAACCGAGACCGAGUCAUGACCAAGACUGGAUUGUACCAAGACCAAGACUUUAAGAGGGCUAGUCAAGACCAAGACCAAGAUCAAGACUUUAAGAGGUUGAGACCGAGUCAAGACCAAGACCAGAGUGUACCAAAACCAUGUCAAGACCAGGACAAGACCAAAACAAGACCAAGGCAGGGUGAGAACGAGUCAUGACCAAGGCCAGAGUGUACCAAGACUUUAAGAGAGCUAGUCCAGACCAAGACCAAGACUUUAAGAGAGCGAGCGUAAUCAAGGCAGGGUGAGAGCGAGACAAGAACGAGACCUUUAAAAAGUGGCACCCAUGAACGGUAACGAGUACUUCAACACUAAUAGAUUUCAUAAUUAUAUUUAUCACUAUUGAAAAACUGGUCGUGCUGUUUAUGAAAGAGACAGAUGGUCCGUGCAGAGGAGGCAGCAGCUUCCUCAUGUCCUCAGUAUUCUGCAUCCCGACAUGGCCUUCGUGAUUAUUUCCACUCUGACUUCUUCUUAAGAGCUGUGUCGCUGUGGUUCAAUGCACCCUGUACCGGUCCUCUGCUCGUGGUCUCCUAUGGUGUGUUACGGUGCCAGUAUUUGUCCAUACACUCCCAGCAAUAUCUGAAGAAUCAGGUCUGUGUACUGUCAGGAGUUUGUUUCACAGGUGUAGCAGGGAGCAGUGGCUCAUGGGUAAAGCAUACAGGCGAAUCAACACAACUCUGAAUACGCUUUUAGAUAUUUGACCUGUCAGACUUUUAAAUUGUCUCACGGCUUCAGACGCUCCUGUCCCCUCUGUGUGUAAAUGACUAUUUUUCUUCAUCCUUGGGCGUCUGUGUCCUGUAGAUUUUUGCCGUCCGCAACCCUCGUCUUCCCUUUGUGCAGCAUGCCCGCUGAUGAUUGUUGUAUUUCCUUCAUAGCAGGAGCAUGUGUGAGGUUCUUCUAUCCACGGGAAGCUACGAUAAACACCUGGGUUCACAGACACUACAGCUCUCCUUCCAAUAUAUACUUACAUGGUUUUAGGACUUCAACCGUGAUGCCAAACAGAUUAAUAUAAGAGCAAGCACUUCUACCUGCUGCACAGCUCUGUGAGGUCUUUGCUAGCCAAGCGAUUCUGUCCAGGCAGCAGCAUUAGCAAAAUAACUUAUUACACUUUGGCUCUGUCGCCUUUGUUAUCGAACACAAUCUGCAGCAGCGUCUCCACUCUGGAUUUAAUAUUAGGAACGCCUCAGAGAACAAAACCUUCACUUCAGCAUGGACUGACUUUUCUCUGGCAACUUUUCAAAUGGAUCUUAGAGAGGCUUGCACUUUAAAUAUAAUGCAUUAAAUAUGAAUAAUGAAUUACGUUAUCCAUCAUCCAGUCUGUCAAUGAAUGCCACAUUGAUCCUGUAUUUAUAAAAGGUUUUGAAAGUGAGGUUGAUGUUUAAGUGAGUGAAAUCAAACACGUUUUACAAAUUAGGAACAUUAGCUUUUGAGCUCCUGAUUCAUCAAUAUUGUGGUUUUAUUUGUACCUCUUAAACCCUGGCUUCUUAUUGUCAACAUCAACUGAAUAAAGAGUUCAAAUGGCAACAGAGUAAAGAUAUAUUUAUUUAUGAGACUUGUAUUUUAAUAUUCACCCUCGUGUUCUUUUAUUUGUUAACCCUAUCAUCAGUUACUUAUGUUUUCUAGGAAGGAAUUGCUGUUUGUAUUUAUCGUAUGAAGCUGCUGGUGGCAUGUAUCAUAUAUGAACGUUAUAUA